CGGCGCACGCGCGCUGAUCCUCACCCCAAACGCGUUGAGACGCAUUUGCCUUUCGCUUCUCUUUCACCAGUUGCCACGGGCCGGAGAGGGGGAAAAAAAAAGGAGAAAUCUGCUCGCCGCCGCCGAUGGAGUCCGUCGCGAUCGCCACCACCUCCCGCGCCCUCGCGCCGCCCUUCCCCUCCGCGGCUCUCCGGCGCCGGCGCCGCGCCGCCUCCUUCGUCCCGGUCGCGGCCGCCUCCAAGCGGAGAGACGGCGGCGAGGGGGAGGAUGCCGGAGCCCACAAGCCGCCCAGGCCGCCGUCUUCGGGGGGCGAGCCCACGGGCCUCGCGCCGUACGGCCUCUCCUUCUCGCCCUUCUCCAAGGACGCGGCCAUGGGGCUGGUGAUGAGCGCGGCGACGGGGAGCGGCUGGACGACAGGGUCGGGGAUGGAGGGUCCGCCGAUGGCCGGCGGCGCCGCGAACCGGCCGGAGGUGUCGACGCUGCCGUGGUCGCUCUUCACAAAGUCCCCGCGCCGGCGGAUGCGGGUGGCCUUCACCUGCAACGUAUGCGGGCAGCGGACCACACGCGCCAUCAACCCGCACGCCUACACCGACGGCACCGUGUUCGUUCAGUGCUGCGGGUGCAACAUCUUCCACAAGCUGGUGGACAACCUGAACCUGUUCCACGAGAUGAAGUGCUACGUCGGGCCCGACUUCCGCUACGAGGGGGACGCUCCAUUCAACUACCUUGAGGGUGGGGACGACGACAGCGGCAACAUCUUCCCACUUCUCUAGGAAGCUACUGACCCCCCUACUGUUCCGGGGCAUGGUUGCGCUCUGAUGCCGUCUAGCUGUAUAUUAAUAAGCAGACUGUAUGUUGUCAAUAUGGAAGGUCGCCAGUAUAUAUGUGUAUGCAGAUGUAUGUAAAUAGCAUAAGUCCAGUGGAAAAUAAUGAUGAUAAUAACAGGAUACAAAACAUUUUUUCUA